AUGGCCAGUUAUCAUAGCGAGGCAUCUUCCGCUUCUUCUUCCCGUCGCACAUCAGCCUCGCCGAUACCGUAUCGCGUGGGGCCAAUGGAGUAUCAACCUCCGGUGUUGUGUAGAUGCAAAGCGAAGGCGGCACGAUGGAUCUCGUGGAGCCGUGACAACCCGGGGCGACGAUACUACAAAUGUCGCAAUGCUCGAGGCCAACAAGCAGUUUUCUUAGAGAUCUGUUGAAUGAUUUGCGCGAUGCGGUGUGGUCACUAAGGAGGGAGAAGGAUGAACUUGUUGUUGCUGUUAGGGAAGGGCAAGCCAUGGCUCGUGAUGUAGAUGCAGCUAGGAGGGAGUUGGCAGCGUUGAAGAAGCAUGCUGCUGAGACCGAUGCAAAAUUGGUUCUGUUGAAAGAACAAAAUCGUAGGCCAGAGAAGGAUAGGUGCAUGCUUUUUUUUGUUUUACUGGCAAUCUGUGGUCUGUUUGUCAUGGUUUGGGUGAUGAAUUGAGUAGUAUGAGUGAAUGUUAUUA